AUGAAUAGUUUAUUUAUGUUUCGUCGUGUAUUAUCAGUGUCAGAGAAAAGAUAUAGAACAUUAUCAAUCUCUUCAUCAUCAUCAUCAUCGAGAGAUAUCUAUCCAAUAAUGAAAAAACUUAUUGAUACAAAACAAUAUAAAAAGGCUAUAGAUAUUUUUGAUGAAAAAUUUGACUUAUGUAAAGACCUUGAAAUAGAUUUGGCAUUGAAAGCUUGUCUUAACUUAAAUGAGUAUCAACGCGCUAUUAAUAUUCAACAAAAACUUUCUCAAAAUUCACUUAACAAUCCUUAUAUACAAACAUCACUUAUUCAAUUAUAUAUACAACAUCAUGAUAUUAAUAAUGCUUAUCGUCUAUUUUUGAAAAUAACCAAUAAAUCCAUUUAUAUCUAUACGACUAUGAUUAAAGGUCUUAUUUCAAAUAAUAUGUUAGAUAGAGUGCUUGAUUUAUUUGAUGAAAUUAAAAUUCAACCUAAUGAGAUUAUGCUCACUAUGUUAUUUGAUGUUUGUGCUCGACUUAAUAAUGAUCGUGCAAAACAAACUGGAAAAAAAAUUCUAAAUGAAAUGUCAGAAAAGUUUCUGAACGAUAGUAUUCUACUUAAUUCAGCAAUAAUUAUGCUAAUGAAAUUUGGUGAUGUUAAAAGUGCCGAAGAUCUUUUUCAUAAAAUAAAGAAUAAGAAUAUUAUUAAUUAUGGUGCUAUGAUGAAAGGAUAUACAUUAAAUAAUAUGUGUGACAAAGCAUUGGAUUUAUUUGAACAAAUAGAAUCAAAUCACAGUAAUAUUAGUUAUACGAUUAUUUUCAAUGCAUGUGCUCAACUCUUAAAUGAUCGAGCAAGACAAAUUGGAAGAAAACUUCUAGAUGAAAUGCCUAAGAAGUUUAAAGAGAAUAGUUAUGUUCAGACUUCAGCAAUAGACAUGCUAAUGAAAUUUGGUGAUGUUCAAAAUGCCGAGAUCUUAUUCGAAAAGCUCAAAAACAGAGAUAUUGUCACUUAUAACGCUAUGAUGAAAGGAUAUACAUUAAAUAACAUGUGUGAUAAAGUAUUAGAUUUAUAUGAACAAACAGAAUUAAAUCUCAGUAAUAUUAGUUAUACGAUUAUUUUCAAUGCAUGUGCUCAACUCUUAAAUGAUCGAGCAAGACAAAUUGGAAGAAAACUUCUAGAUGAAAUGCCUAAGAAAUUUAAAGAAGACAGUUAUAUUCAAACUUCAGCGAUAGACAUGCUAAUGAAAUUUGGUGAUGUUCAAAAUGCUGAAAAUCUAUUUGAAACAAUAAAGAACAAAAAUAUUAUUACAAGAAAUGAAAAAAAUGAUAUAAAAGUCGAUGAAAUCAUUUCAAUCAUAUUGAUUGAUACAUGUGCUCGAAUUGGUAUCCGUUCAAUAUGUGAAUCAAUUGUUAGUCAAAUUCCAUCAUAUUUAUGUAAUAAUCAACAGAUGUAUAGUGCAUUAAUUAGUAUGUGGGGAAAAGCUGGUCUGGUGGAAAAUGCUCAACAAAUAUUUGAAUUAGUUGAUCAACCUGAUGUGAUUACAUACAAUGCAAUGAUUAAUGCAUAUGGAAAAAAUCGUAUGGGGUUUGAAGCUGUUGAUUUAUAUCGAAAUAUGCCUAAUGAUUUACGCAAUGACAUUUCAUAUAUUUGUAUAUUAAAUGCAUGUUCACAUUCAGGCCUUCUCGAUGAAGCUUACUCAAUUUUCAAUGAAAUUUCUCAUAAAACGGAGCAAGUUAUCACUACAAUGGUUGAUUGUUUAAGUCGUCUGUUUUUACUUGACGAAGCACAAAAACUAAUCGAAGAUUAUGAAAAAUGCAAUGCACCACAUUCAGUAAUGUAUAUGGCACUUCUAUCUGGUGCACGCAAUUCUCGACAAUUUCAUUUAUCACAAGAAAUUUAUAAACGAAUGAAAUUACUAUUUCCGAAUGAAAAAAAUCUUUUAAUAUCUGCUUCAACUCUUCUUUGUAACAUAUCCUCAUCGCUAGGACGUCACGAAGAAGCACAAGCCAUUCGAUUCGAUCGAAUUAAAGAAUUCGGAAAUAAAGUUAAAGUAGGUUUAUCAUGGACUGAAGUUAAUGGAGAAGUAGUGCAGUUCACAGCUCAUGAUCAAUCUCAUCGUCUAUCAAAAGAAAUUUAUGCUGAAGCUCAACGAAUAUCAGCUGAACUAAUCCAGUAUGGACAUGUUCAUGAUGCAAGUUGGAUUACUCGUCCAAUACGCGAACAUGAAACAGUUGAAUCUAUUUUAUGUUCGCAUAGUGAAAGGUUGGCUAUUGCCUUCAAUUUUAUUGAAGGAAGAAAACCAUCCUUUAUUCAAAUCACGAAAAAUCUUCGUGUUUGUGGUGAUUGUCAUCAAGCUACAAAAUUAAUUGCCAAAAUACGGCAAGUAGAGAUUGUGGUUCGUGAUGCCAAUUGUAUUCAUCAUUUUUCCACUAAUGGAUCAUGUUCAUAAAAUAAUGGAACUAUAUAUUAUCUAUAUAUACCUGAUAAAGAUUAUCCUGGAGUUCAAUGUUAUAGUGAUGAUCAGAUAACUAGUAUAAACCAUGACCAUCCAUUUCCACAUGAUGGUGAAUAUAUAUAUUAUUUAUGUGACAACGAUGAACACAGUAUUCAACCAAAGAAAUAUAAUAUUUUAUUUCAUUCUAUUUGUAAUAGACUUCCAGAAUUGAUUAAUGAAACUGAUGAGACUGAAUGUGAAUUUUGGCCAUGUAAUAAUUUACAUACUCGUUGUGAUCAUUUUUCAAAUUGUGUAGAUGGUGAAGAUGAAUUUGAUUGUUUAGUUAAUGGAAUAUUUACUAUGAUAACAUUCAAGAAUAAAAAACUAUGUGAAGUUGGUUGUGGUUUAUAUCUAUUUGGUUCAUCAACAACAACAUUAAUGAUAAUAGUUUUAUUUGCGUUAAAAUUUUGGAUUCUUAUUUAUGCACAAAUGUCUCAAAUAUCCAAUCGAUCAUUUUUAAAUAUUCAAUGUUUGUUAUUAGAUUAUCUUCUUCGAAUAUUUAUUCAUAUGGAUCAAUGGUUAAAUGCAUAUGUUGCUUGUGAAAGAGCAAUAUCAGUUAUUAAAGGUACUCGUUUUAAUAAACAGAAAAGCAAGAAAGUAGCUAAAUUUAUUAUUAUUUUACUUUUAAUUUUUAAUAUUUUUACAUUUAUUCAUGAACUUCUUUAUCGACAAUUAGUGGAUGAAAUUGAUGAAGAUAAAAAUGAAAAACGAAUCUGGUGUGCUGUUAAUUAUUCAUCUAAUUUACAAAUCUAUAAUUCCGUUAUAACUACAUUUCAAUUUUUUGCUCCAUUUAUAAUUAAUUUUAUUUCAGCUUUUAUUCUUAUAACAAAAAAAUCUCGUCAACAAUUAAAUAUUCAAAGACAACGAAAUUUUCGAGAUAUUUUAAAAGAAAAUUAUCGAGAACAUAAACAUUUAUUUAUUGCACCUGUUGUAUUAGUUAUUCUUGCUUUACCACGUUUAAUAAUUUCUUAUAUGUCAAAAUGUAUGCAGUCAAGUAAUGACUCAUGGUUAUAUCUUACAGGAUAUUUUAUUUCAUUAGCUCCAGCAAUGCUUACUUUUAUUGUAUUUGUAUUACCAUCAAAAUAUUAUAAAAAGGAAUUUCGUAAAACAAUUGUUGGAUAUCGAGCUAAUAUAAAACGACGUUUACGCAUUGCAUCUUAG